AUGAAUAAUAAUCAUAGUAAAAUAAAUGUGCUCUUCACGUGUCUUGGAAAUAUAUGUCGUAGCCCAAUGGCCCAAGGUGUUUUCAGUGAUUAUGUUUUAAAAAAUAAGUUACAUGAUAAAUUUGGUAUCAUUGAUAGUUGUGGUACUUCAGCAUAUCAUAUUGGUUCAAAACCAGAUUAUAGAACACUUUCUGUACUAAAGAAACAUGGAAUAACUUUUAAUCAUCAAGCUAGACAGUUAUGUAAUGAUGAUUUUUUUAUAUUUGAUUAUAUCCUUGUGAUGGAUCUCUCAAAUUUGGAAGAUGUUAAUGAUAAGCGUCCCAAAAAUAGCCAUGCAAAAGUACAAUUAUUUGGGGAUUAUGGUCUGGAACAUGAAAGUAAGAUUGUACAAGAUCCUUAUUAUGGAGGAAUAGAUGGAUUUGAAAAGAAUUUUAUGCAGUUGAAUUCAUUUAGUAAAGGUUUUUGUUCUAAGGUUUUAAAAAAAUAG